CAACUAUCAUUCGAACAGUGUAGACUUGAGAAAUAUGAACAGAAACAAUUUCGUAAGGGACAACGUGAUGAUUUACAAGUGUCUGGGUUCCUGGCCACUCGACUGCGUUGCCAGACGUCUCGAGAACACCCGAUAUAUCCUCGGCUUGACCCUCAUCGCUGUAAUCACUGUUUUCAAUGGUCUACAGUAUAUCGACCUCUUCAUUGAGUGGGGAGACUGGGGAUUUAUAUCCGAAAAUAUCAGUGUUUCCUUUAUCUACAGUAUAUUCGUGUCAAAGAUUUACGUUUUUUAUUCACGUCGUCGAGAAAUUAUGGAAAUGGUCCUCGAAAUAGAUAAUUAUGUGCGAAAAACUUACAAAGAUGGUCAUCAAAGUAACGUCCAGAUUCUACAAUCCUGUGAAGAUAUUGCCAGACGAAUAAAAAUUGUCUUCGGGUGGUCUGCUCUCCUGACUGUCAUUAUCUUGCAUACCUGGCCAAUAGCUUCUAUGAUAUUUAAAAAGGACCCCAAUCUGAGAAUGCUUGGAGUUCCUGCAUAUUUUCCAUUUUCAUUAAAUUCGACAAAUAAUUAUGCCAUUGCUUAUGUUGUUGAGAUCGUUACAGCAUCUGUCAUGUCUUUACACACAGUUAAUUUUGACACCUUCUUUAUAUCUUGCAUCCUUUUUGCCAUAGGACGCUUAAGAAUUCUACAUAACAGCAUAAACAAUAUAAAAAAGAUAGCACCAUCUGAUUUACAAAUGAAAUUUAGUAAGAAUGAGACAUACCAGGCUGAACUUCAAAAAUGCAUUCACCAAUUAUUGUCUGAGGCCAUUGCGGAGCAUCAAAAAAUUAUUUUAUUCUGCCAAGUGAUUGAUUCUAUGCUCAGUUGGAUUAUGUUUAUUGGCUUUUUCAUAUAUUCUGUCAUGUUGUGCUUUGUUGGGAUGCGAAUAAUUAUGAUCGGACCAUCAAUAAAGUUAUUACAACUAAUGGAAUAUUUGGCAAUAAUGAUGACUCAGAUAUUUCUAUAUUAUUGGCAUGGAAACGAGUUGAAACUGGAGAGUUUAAAAAUUCAUGAUGCUGCAUACAAUUGUGAUUGGUAUAGUUUCGAUCGCAAUUCUCAACAGACUAUAAUGUUUAUAAUGAUGCGUGGUCAAAAACCGAUUUAUUUGACUGCAGGAAAAUUUUACUAUGUCACUCUUGAGACAUUUUUAUCGCUUUUAGGGGGAUCCUACUCAUAUUUUGCUGUAAUGCAACAACUAUACGAUUCUUAAAAGGAAUAUUAUUAAGGAAAAGAUUCAUUUGCAUUUUAAAGAUAAAGGGAGUUCAAACAAUAAAUCGUAUUUGUGAAAUCGAGCCUAUAAAUGGUAUAAUUGUCGAAUGUAACAAGAAACAGUAACAGUUCCAGAAUGAUUUUUCAUUUUUCAGUU